UUGUGUCGAAAUAUUUAAAUAUUUUAACUUUUCCAAUAUGGCUGGUAAUGAUGCUGGACAUGGUGCUAUUGUCAGAAAUAGAGAUUUGAUUGAUGUGUGGAUAGAAGCACCGAGAGGAAAUAGAAAACAGGUGGUUUAUGAAAAGAUACUAUCUCUUAUUGAUAUAACAGAUGAACCUUCCAAACAUCUUAAAAGUAAUAUUAUGAAAUGCAGCCAGUUGUUUGGGUUGAAAAUGGCAAAUAAAUGGCAGAAAGUAGGACAAUCUCGGAAUCGACUUUUACAAAAUCAGACAAGAUUUGUAUAUAGAAUAAAUAAUGAUUCUGAAGAAAACACAUCUUCGGAUGAGGAACAAGAACCUCCUUGUCGCUCAGUUGGACGGCCACGGGUGCCAUUUGAAGAGGCAUCGAAGAAAACAAAACGAAGACGUGUAGCCGAACUAACCACAGACAGAUCUGCAAAUGAACUUCAAUUUGCUGUAAAUGUCGUUUCUGGAAGCAAUCACAGUGAGGUCUCGCCACAAAUUUUUAGUUUUAGUACAGCUGAAGCUUUAGCCCUUAUGGUAGAUUUGGAUAUAUCCGUAACAAAGUAUUUGCUACUUAGGUCUGUUAUUAAUGAAGUUGAUUUGCAAGAACUUGUACAGAAAACAGCUGAAAGUAUCCUUGAAAUAAUAAAUUUUGAAGAGAGAGAUUGCCGGAUUAAAGUGAUAUGCAAGUGGGGAUUUGAUGGCAGUUCUCGGCAUAGCCAAUAUAAGCAGAAAUUUUCUGAUUUAGAAAACACCGACGAAUUUCUGUUUCUUGUAGCAAUGACGCCACUCAGAUUGAUUGAUAUGGAAACGAAUAAGGUAUUGUGGAAAAAUGAGAGCCCUUCAUCUACUUUAUAUUGUAGGCCGAUCAAGUUUUUAUUUAAAAAGGAAAAUGCUGAUUUAGUGCGGAAUACGGAAGAGGAAAUAAUAACAAAAAUUGAAAAUUUGAUUCCUAUUGAGAUUAAAACAAAAGAAGGGCACUCUUAUAUAAUUGAAGUUGAUAUGAUGUUAACAAUGUUGGACGGCAGUGUUGGAAACGUUCUAUCAGAGACAAAUUCAACUAUGAAGUGCAUCAUUUGCGGAGCCACACCCAAGGAUAUGAUCACGUUAGCAGGGAUUAACCGUCCUCCCAACGUAGACAAUUACCGGUUUGGUUUGUCAACUUUACACUGCUGGAUUCGUUUUUUUGAAUGCUUACUCCAUAUUGGAUACCGCCUGCCAAUUAAAUCUUGGCAGAUUCGUGGGCCUGAAAACAAAGCUAUAGUCGAAGCAAACAAAAAACGAAUCCAAGCAGAGUUCAGAGCCAAUCUGUCUCUAAUAGUUGACAAACCAAAACCCGGGUAUGGCUCCUCAAAUGAUGGCAAUACGGCCAGAAUUUUUUUCCACAAUCCACAAACAAGUUCAGAUAUCACAGGGGUUGACAGGGAAUUAAUCGAGAAAUUUGCGAUCAUCUUAGGAGUGUUAGCUAGUGGUUGCGCUAUUGAUAUGGAAAAGUUUGCGUCAUUGGAAGAAGCAAGAAAUUUGUAUAUCCACCUUUAUAAGUGGUACAACAUGCCAAACACGGUACAUAAGGUCCUUGUUCAUGGGUGUGAGAUAAUUGAUGCAUUUUGUUUGCCCAUUGGAGAACUGUCGGAGGAUGCGCUUGAGGCUCGCUAUAAAGAGGUUAGGAAACAUCGAUUAUCUGACACCAGAAAAUGUGCAAGAACAGAUACGAAUAAGGAUCUCAUGCGUGUUCUUUUACUUACUUCUGAUCCUUUUAUAACCUCAAAAAGAAAGGUGAGCUCAAAAAAAUAUAAGAAAUGCAACGAGGCAGUUCAGAACUAUUUAAAAAGGCAAGAAAAUGAUGAUUUAGGUAUUGACUUAGGUACAAUAACGAAUGACACAGCACCGAGCAAGAAAUCCUAUUCCGAUUAG